AAAAUGUCGAAGGGAGAUAUGCUGGGGCUUGAAACAGGGUAUCUGGGAAGACUCACGGCGUCUGAGGAAGCUGCUUUACAUAAGAUGAGAGAAUUGUUUCCAACCGAACGAUCUACCCAGCACAUUCCGUUGACAGAUGCUGACUUGCUCCGAUUUUUGCGCGCCCGUGAGUUCAAUUGCGACAAGGCUGCUACUAUGCUCAAGAACACCAUAGAGUGGAGGAACAAAAUAAAACCAUGGGAAGUCACGCUCGAGAGUGUACGAUAUGUCUAUGAUAUGAAUGCUGCACACUUCCAUGGCCGCGAUUCUCAGGGCAGGCCUGUUUUGUGGUUUCACUCGAAACACCAUGACCCAGAUUUCUGUGAGAUUGCAAUCAAGAAUUGUUACUACAUGAUCGAGAAAGCAAUCUCUGAAUUGAAAGAGGGGCAAGAGGCUGUCUCUGUGGUCUUUGACCUGAACGGUUAUAGCAAAAGAAACCGAGAUGCUAAGUUUGCAUGGAACGCGAUAUCAGCACUUCAGAACUAUUAUCCAGAGAGGAUGGGGCUUUGCCUUGUUUUGAAUCCUCCCUCUUUCUUUUGGUUGAUGUGGCGUGUGAUCAAACCAUGGCUUGCUCCUCGCACAGUGAAUAAAAUCGUCUUUGUUGGAGACGAUUACGCUGAGAAGAUAAGACAGUACUUUUCAGAUGACACGAUCCCCAAGUGUCUUGGAGGAAAGUAUGACUUGGAGCCAGAAGAUUGGAUCAAACAAAUUUAUGGCCCCGCGCCUCCAAUGCCGAAAAAGAACGGAAAGGGAUGGUUCUCGUGGUUUAAAUCACAUGGGAACAAGGGGGGACAGGAGAUGAUCAGAUCGGACUCGGUCUCGCUGGACGAGGCGCCCUCAGACGCUGUGCAAGGAUUCGAGGCGGACUAGGCAAACUCACACGGGGCACUCUGAUUGCCAACUACUGCUGCUUCUGAGAGCCAAGCGGCAUGACUGUCGGGCUUCUUGUGUAAAUAUGAUGUUUGACGCUGACCCGACGCUCUCCGCUCAGCGAAUACAUCUGUCAUGCUCUAUAAGAUAUCGAAUAGAUGACAAACGAUCC